GCAGGCUUUUGCCAUGAGAUGGUAAGAGAGAGGGGUGGGGGCACAAUGUCGCUGUUUCGGCUUUAUUGAUCUCUCCCUCCCAUUUACACACUGGGUCAGUAGUUUGAUAAGAGAGCGCGCAGGAUCAUACAGAAGAGCGACACGCGCUUGUGCCAUGCGUACCGAGAUUUCCAACUGGACACCUAUCACCAAUCCCAUCCGUCUCUGUCUCUAACCUGAUGACGACUAAUAAUCAGAUUAGCCAGCAGGACAGCCCAGCAACACAUUGUAUUUGUGGAGAAAAGUAACUGUUCCUGGAUCUGCUGUGGAUUUAUCAAUGAAGGUGCGCCUGGGAUCAGGAGGUCUGAUCAUGAAUCGGUACGGAAGGUCCGUUUUGAUGCUUUUCAUCGUUUCAUCUCUUCAUAUAUCGAGCCCAUCGCAGUUUCCCAGUCCACUCAUGAUUAAAGACUGGGUUGAUCAACAUCAGCAAGAGCUGGUAUCUUUAGUGGGCACGGCCAGCGCUGGGAGCGAUCUAACACAGAUCUUUGAAAAGAAUCAAAAUUAUUUCACUGUGGAAUCCAAUAAUGCAGCACUGCUCGUGGAAUCGGCAGCAAGGAAUAUCGAGAACUUUUUAAAGAAGCGAGCCGCAGCUCUUGAGACUUUGGCAACUGCAGCAGAGAAUUUCCAAAUGGAACAUGAAUGGAAAGAUGAGUUUGAAGAGGAUGAUAUAGUUUACUUUAAUGCCAAGGAUAAUCUUGACGUCAAUGAAACCGAGGGACGAAGAAACCGCAUCAGACCUGAAUUUAAAGAAGAUCCAUCUUUCAAGAACCGUCUCACUUCCUACAACCAUACAGCUGUGCACAUCCCCACAGACAUCUACGACGGCUCUACCAUUGUGUUGAACGAGCUGAACUGGACCGAAGCUUUGGAGGACGUAUUUAAGAAGAACAGAGAAGAAGACCCGACUCUUCUGUGGCAAGUGUUCGGCAGUGCGACUGGAUUAGCUCGAUAUUAUCCAGCUUCCCCUUGGAUGGAUGCCAGGAAGACGCCCAGUAAAAUCGACCUGUACGAUGUGCGACGACGCCCUUGGUAUGUUCAAGGUGCAGCUUCUCCCAAGGACAUGCUUAUUCUUGUUGAUGCGAGUGGAAGUGUGUCUGGAUUGACCCUUAAACUGAUUCGAACCUCUGUCAGUGAAAUGCUGGAAACUCUUUCAGAUGACGAUUACGUCAAUGUUGUCCAUUUCAACACUAAAGUUAAUAACACGGCUUGUUUCGACCACCUUGUUCAAGCUAACGUUCGCAAUAAGAAGAUUCUGAAAGAUGCUGUGCAGAACAUAACAGCCAAAGGCAUCACCAACUACACCAAAGGUUUCGAAUUUGCCUUCAACCAGCUUUCCAACCCGAACAUCUCUCGAGCAAACUGCAACAAGAUUAUAAUGCUGUUUACCGACGGAGGAGAGGAAAGAGCUGAAGAGAUCUUCAGCAGAUACAACCUCGACCAAAUGGUGCGUGUGUUCACAUUUUCUGUAGGUCAGCACAACUAUGACACGGGGCCAAUAAAGUGGAUGGCUUGUGCUAAUAAAGGAUAUUUCUAUGAAAUUCCUUCCAUUGGAGCCAUCCGCAUAAACACGCAGGAAUAUCUUGAUGUGUUGGGCCGGCCCAUGGUUCUUGCAGAUGCUAAGCAGGUGCAGUGGACCAAUGUGUACCUGGAUGCCCUGGAGCUCGGUUUAGUCGUCACAGGCACGCUACCGGUUUUUAACAAGACCAAAUCCAAAGAGGGUGGAUCUCAAAGUCAGCAUCAAAACCAAUUGAUUUUAGGAGUGAUGGGGGUGGAUGUGUCUCUUGAUGAUAUCAAGAGAUUGACGCCCCGCUUCACUAUCGGCCCUAAUGGAUAUUAUUUUGCAAUCGAUCCCAAUGGCUACGUGCUGCUUCACCCAAACCUCCAACCAAAGAACCCCAAAUUCCAGGAACCCGUUACACUUGACUUUCUGGAUGCCGAACUAGAAAAUGAUAUUAAAGUCCAGAUACGGACAAAGAUGAUAGACAGAGAUCCUGGCGAGAAAACCAUAAAAACGCUUGUGAAAUCUCAAGAUGAGAGAUACAUCGAUCAAGGGAUUAGGACCUACACCUGGGCACCUGUUAAUGGAACAGACUACAGCCUGGCCUUGGUCUUGCCCGAGUACAGUCUGCAUUACAUUCAGGCAAACCUGGGGAACACUAUAAAGCAAGCCAUGUUCUCGGAGACCAUGCAGCAGGAGAAAUUUGAGGAAUAUGGGUACACCUUUAUUGCACCCAGGGAGUACUGCAAGGACCUUAAAGUCUCAACCAACAAUACUCAAUUCCUCAUGGACUUCAAUGAAUACAUAGAUAGAAAAACCCCCAGCGACCCAGCGUGUAACGUCACUCUCGUGAACCGCCUACUUUUGGAUGCUGGUCUCACGGCCGAUCUUGUCAAAAAAUGGAAAGAUCAGAAUGUAGAAGGAGUUUCGGCCCGGUUUGUGUCCACAGAUGGAGGGAUUACUCGUGUCUAUCCGAAAAGUGCUGGGGAGGAAUGGAGUGAGAAUUCCGAACCCUAUGAUUCAAGUUUUUACAAAAGGAGUUUGGACAAUGACGUAUACAUCUUCACUGCCCCAUAUGUCAACAAGAGCAGAGAGUCUGGUUAUGAGUCCGGUAUCUUGGUCAGUAAAGCAGUGGAUUUGGAAAUUAAUGGAACGAAACUUAAACCUGCAGUGGUUGGAGUCAAGCUGAAUGUGUCCGCCUGGAUGAACAGCUUCAUAAAUGCCACCACAAAGAAAAACUGUAAGGAUGAGAUCUGUGGCUGUCUGAGGAAUGAUAAGCAAGUGGACUGUGUGAUUCUGGAUGAUGGGGGAUUUUUGCUGAUGUCUAAUCAGGACGAAUAUAUCGCACAGAUCGGUCAGUUUUUCGGGGAAGUGGACCCUGUUCUGAUGAUCACGCUGGUAAACAAUUCACUGUUCUCCUUGAAUAAAACCUACGACUACCAGUCGGUCUGUGACCCAGAGAAAGAAACAAAAGCUGCUGCUGGACCCCGAUCUGUUUAUGUGCCCACUAUAGCAGAUAUGCUUUCUGUAGGCUGGUGGGCUUCCGCUGCAGUCUGGUCGAUUUUGCAGCAGCUCUUGCUCAGUUUGACUCUUCCCAAUGUUAUUGGCACAGCGUACUCUGAGGAAGAUCUCACAGAUGCGUUCUCCAAAGAGAGCUGCAUUACAGAACAGACUCAGUAUUUCUUUGAGAAUGAAAACACGUCUUUCUAUGGAGCUAUGGACUGUGGAAACUGCUCCAGAAUGUACCGGGCUGAGAAGCUGCCUAAAACCAAUCUGGUGUUUUUGAUCUCAGACGCUAAAAGCUCCUGCCUGUCCUGCGAUCCCAAACCACUUAGGCAAGCAGAGCAACCGUCCAAUGGUCCCGACCCAUGUGUGCUGGCCCAGAACCCUCGAUACAGAAAAGGACCAGACGUCUGCUUCGACAACAGCCAAGCUGAGGAUGCGUCUGACUGCGGUGGUGCCUGCGGUUUGAGUCCGUCCCUCUUGAUGAUGCUGGUCCUUCAGCUUCUCCUACUGUGGGUGCUCACAGGAACCAGAACCCAUUUCUCCUGACCGGGGUGAAUCUCCAGACGGGACGCAACACAACUUCUGACUGAACUCACUAUUAAAUGUAGAUCAUAUGACUGCCACAACUUACGAUUGUCCAUAAACAGUACGACUGGCAUGAUACUGCCUACUAUGACAACCAAAACCCAAGAGCAACACAUUCAGACACAAGUCAAAAAUAGCAUCAUUUUUACCUUGGGACGCACCUUUAGAAAUCACAUUAUGACCAUAGAAAUGUGUAAAGCAAACUGCCAGUAGCAGAAUGUAGGGUCAUGUCGGAGACGGUUCCCAGCACCAGCCUGGAUCUGAAUCAGGGUUAAGACUGUUCGGCUCAAAUGAGCUUAACAUAAGUGAGGUCAGUAAUAUCACAGCCCUUUAGGCCUAUAGAGGGCCGUGUUUACCUUUAACCUUCUUUAGUUUUACUAAGAUAUUUUUUUUUUGACGCAUUAAAAUAUGAAUACACUGAGAUGUGUCAUGGGAUAAAUCUCACAGAAAUGUCUAAUUACAGAGUUAUAUCUCAGCCUAAAAUCAAAAGAAAACAAUCCUUUAAAAAUAAAAUCAAUUGUGCCAUUUAAAAAAAAA